GGCUCCCGCGGCCGUCGGAAAAAGCCAGAGAAGCGGCCCCUUUCGCCGCGGAUGCACUUCCCUUCCCCGGCAGGAAGGGAGGUGGAGAAGGAGUUGCGCAUGCGCUGUUCGCGGGCGGCCCCUGGAGUGGAGUGGAGUUGAGUUGCCGGAUUCACCGCCCCGCCGGGAGUGCGCCUGCGCGGUCGCCGGGCUCCCUCCGCCUCCGCUUCCCCUCCCCCUGUCCCCCGCUGGGGCUCUGGGUCCGGCGGGACCAUGUUCACCAGCACCGGCUCCAGUGGGCUCUACAAGGCACCUCUGUCCAAGAGCCUUUUACUGGUCCCCAGCGCCCUGUCCCUCUUGCUGGCCCUUCUCCUGCCGCACUGUCAGAGGUUCUUUGUGUACGACCUCCAGGCAGUCAAGGACGAAUUCCAGAUUUGGAGAUUGAUAUGUGGAAGAAUAAUUUGCCUCGAUUUGAAAGAUACUUUCUGCAGUAGUCUGCUUAUUUAUAAUUUUAGGAUAUUUGAAAGAAGAUAUGGAAGCAGGAAAUUUGCAUCCUUUUUGCUGGGCUCCUGGCUUUUGUCAGCCGUGGGUGACUUCAUUCUCGUGGAAGCUGUGCAGUAUUCCUUUGGUAUCACUGCAGCCAGAAAUUUGCCUUCUGGAUUGGCCUUUUCUCAGGGACUUAAUCUGAAGAGUGUUUCUCUCCAGUCCUCAAGACCUGCCCUUCAUCCAGGAGGACGUGAAGCAGGCCUGGCACCUGUAUUUGCUCUGUUUGUACCAUUUUACUGCUCCAUCCCGAGAGUCCAAGUGGCACACAUCCUGGGCCCGCUGUCCAUCACAAACAAGACACUGAUUUAUAUACUGGGACUACAGCUUUUCACCUCUGGUUCCUACAUCUGGAUUGUAGCCAUAAGUGGACUUGUUUCUGGCAUCUGCUACAACAGCCAAGUGUUGCAAGUGCACGAGGUGCUCUGUGUUCCGAGCUGGAUGGCAAAGUUCUGUUCUUGGGCCCUUGAGCCCAUCUUCUCAUCUUCGGAACCCACCACCGAGGCCCGAAUCGGCAUGGGAGCCACGGUCGACAUCCAGAGGCAGCAGAGGAUGGAGCUGCUGGAUCGGCAGCUGACGCUGGCGCAGUUUGCACACUCGAGGCGGCAGAGGCAGCAACAGGGAGGAAUGAUCAACUGGAAUCGUCUUUUCCCUCCUUUACGACAGCGACGGAAUGUCAACUAUCAGGAUGGUCGGCGGUCUGAACCACAAGCGUCCCCUCCUCUAGAGGUUUCAGAGGAGCAGGUUGCCCGGCUCAUGGAAAUGGGAUUUUCCAGAGGUGACGCUUUGGAAGCCCUGAGAGCUUCAAACAAUGACCUUAAUGUGGCUACCAACUUCCUGCUGCAGCAGUGACGUCCCAGCCGACAGCACAGGGACUGGCCGGGCUGCUGACCACAGCGGGCGCCGUCCCCGCCAUGCCACCGGACCAGCCCAAGGACCCAGCACCCCCUGGAGCAAUGUUCUCACUGUCCCCUUGGGCAAAGGGUGGUCCCCACUGCUCCCUCCUUUAAUUCCAAGGUCAUUACCAUUAAGUAUCAAAAAUCAGUUUGCCAUUAAAGUAGCAUGUAUUUUCUAUCUUUAUUUUUUUAUGGGGCAUUUUCCUUGGUUUGAGAAUCAUCCCUCCUUCCUAAUGUGUUUUAAAUGCAUUAAAAUAGCAGAUUUCUGCAAGUGGUUGAAUAGCCCUCCCGAUGGGAAGUUACUGCUACUGUAAUAUUCCUUUGACUGUACUGCAUCUUCGUACGUUAUAUCUGAUCCCCAGGGCCAGAAAGGAGAAAGGGGAAUGCUAUUCAGAAGGGACCUGUCAAAUUUUAUUCUUUAGGGACUUUUUUCAUUGCUAUUUUUUUUCUCGAAUUUGCUUUCCAACCCCAGUGGCUAUUGAGGCUUCCCACUCCCUGGGGGCGAGCAGUUCGUGUGUGCGACACGCAGUGUUGGCCAGGCCUGGGCGGCGAGGGAGAGGCAGUGAGCCAGGCUCUCCUCAGCCUCUUUCCAGCCCACUCCAGUCCCGGGGACUUUCCCCAGCCUCUCCCCGCUUCCACUGGAGAACGAUGAUGGUAAUCGGGUGCCAAUUCAAGGUUCUGGCAUAUUCCAUGAAACUUAACUGGAGUUAAUUUUGCGUAGAAUAUCCACCGUUAGCCACUCGGGCUGGGGUAAAAAUGGAACAAAGAGGAAACCAAGAGAAGAGUGGGCUUCCUGGAGGAGACCGUCGUCAGCCCCGUGUGGGCGCAGCCCUGGAGAAAGCCCCGUGCGGGUCCCAGCCGCGAGGCCAGCCCCUCUGGGUGCAGGUCCUCCCUGGCUCCGGGGCUGUCGGAUGUCAGCUUGGGGCAGAGGAGGCUGCAGAGGACGCCGUCACGGAGGUGGGGGGGAGGCCAGAGCCGACGAGCCUGAAAAGAUCUAAAGCAGGUGACUAGGAAGAUUUAAGGAAACCGUGCAACUAUUGUGUUCUGCGGAGCGAGCAGAGAUGUUUCAGACUGAUGCAAAUUUAGACAUGUGUGGUACAUACAAUAAACUUUUUAAUGUGUUUUA